GAUGACCAGGGAUGGAUGCAGGAUGAACCCAUGAUGAACACACAAGGUGUGGACUCUGCUAUGAAUCAGGCUGAGGACAGAGAGGAGGGAGUCCCUCCCUCUAAAACCACUCUGUGUGGGGAACAUGACAGCCAGACCAAAGCUCAGAGGUCAGACUCUCCUGUGUCCAGCUGUGUGUCCUUUAACAGUGACCUGUCUAAGGAUGAACCUAUGAGCUUCAAAGGUGGACACCCCUCUGAUCAAAAGAUCCAACAUGAGAGACCAGACUGUCCUGGACCUGGACCUGGACCUGAACCUGGACCCAGCUGUGUGUCCUUCAAGAGUGACAAGUCUAUGGGUCAACCUAUUAACUUUAAAGAUGGAGAGCAUUCUGAUAGUCAAAGGCUCCAACAGCAGAGACAAGUCUACCCUGCACCCAGCUGUGUGUCCAUCAGCAGUGACUGGUCUAUGGGUCUACCUACUACCUUCAAAAAUGGACACCAGUCUGAUCAGAAAAUCCGACAUGAGAGACCAGUCUCUCCUGGACUUGGACCAGAACCUGGAUCCAGCUGUGUAUCCAUGAAGAGUGAAGCGUCCAUAGACCUCCCACUUUUUUUUAAAGGACAAAAUUCUUCUGAAACACGGAUCCAGCAGCGAGGACGAGACUGUCCUGUCCCAACCUGUGUGUCCAUAAAGAGUGACCGCUCUAUGCCUCUAUAUGUUUGUUUCAAAGAUCAGGAAAACUCUGCCAAGCAGAGAGGUCAUCAGGAAAAUUCAAAUGUUCCCAGUGGUCAGCCUGCCCAGCAACAUGCAACAGAUCUGGACUCCAUAUUCAUGCUGCUUGAGAAGAACAUUGUCAGUUUUGUGAAGAACGAACUGAAGAGGUUUCACAGGAUUAUGAAUCCAGAUUACCCAGAAUGCUUAGAGAGUCAGCGUGAGGAUGAAAAGUGGUUGGACGGUGAGGAUGUGAAGCAGAGGAGGAGCAGCAGAGAGGCAUUUCUGAACAUCACACUUAAUUUCCUGAGGAGAAUGAAGCAGGAGGAGCUGGCUGACUGUCUGCAGAACAGAAUUCAGCUGUGUCGACGUAAAUUCAAGUCUAACCUGCAGAAGAAGUUCCAGUGUGUGUUUGAGGGGAUCGCUAAAGCAGGAAACCCAACCCUUCUGAAUCAGAUCUACACAGAGCUCUACAUCACAGAAGGAGGGACUGCAGAGGUCAAUGAUGAACAUGAGGUCAGACAGAUUGAAACAGCAUCCAGGAAACCAGACAGACCAGAAACAACCAUCAGACAAGAAGACAUCUUUAAAGCCUCACCUGGAAGAGAUGAACCAAUCAGAACAGUGAUGACAAAGGGAGUGGCUGGCAUUGGGAAAACAGUCUUAACACAGAAGUUCACUCUGGACUGGGCUGAAGACAAAGCCAACCAGGACAUACAGUUCACAUUUCCAUUCACUUUCAGAGAGCUGAAUGUGCUGAAAGAGAAAAAGUACAGCUUGGUGGAACUUGUUCAUCACUUCUUUACUGAAACCAAAGAAGCAGGAAUCUGCAGGUUUGAAGAGUUCCAGGUUGUGUUCAUCUUUGACGGUCUGGAUGAGUGUCGACUUCCUCUGGACUUCCACAACAAUGAGAUCCUGACUGAUGUUACAGAGUCCACCUCAGUGGAUGUGCUGCUGACAAACCUCAUCAGGGGGAAACUGCUUCCCUCUGCUCGCCUCUGGAUAACCACACGACCUGCAGCAGCCAAUCAGAUCCCUCCUGACUGUGUUGACAUGGUGACAGAGGUCAGAGGGUUCACUGACCCACAGAAGGAGGAGUACUUCAGGAAGAGAUUCAGAGAUGAGGAGCAGGCCAGCAGAAUCAUCUCCCACAUCAAGACAUCACGAAGCCUCCACAUCAUGUGCCACAUCCCAGUCUUCUGCUGGAUCACUGCUACAGUUCUGGAGGAUGUGAUGAAGACCAGAGAGGAAGGAGAGCUGCCCAAGACCCUGACUGAGAUGUACAUCCACUUCCUGGUGGUUCAGACCAAAGUGAAGAACAUCAAGUAUGAUGGAGGAGCUGAGACAGAUCAUCACUGGAGUCCAGAGAGCAGGAAGAUGAUUGAGUCUCUGGGAAAACUGGCUUUUGAUCAGCUGCAGAAAGGCAACCUGAUCUUCUAUGAAUCAGACCUGACAGAGUGUGGCAUCGAUAUCAGAGCAGCCUCAGUGUACUCAGGAGUGUUCACACAGAUCUUUAAAGAGGAGAGAGGACUGUACCAGGACAAGGUGUUCUGCUUCGUCCAUCUGAGUGUUCAGGAGUUUCUGGCUGCUCUUCAUGUCCAUCUGACCUUCAUCAACUCUGGAGUCAAUCUGAUGGAAGAACAACAAACAACAUCCCGGUGGUCUAAAGUCUUCAGAGACAAACAGAAUCUGAAGUAUCUCCACCAGAGUGCUGUGGACAAGGCCUUACAGAGUCCAAAUGGACACCUGGACUUGUUCCUCCGCUUCCUCCUGGGUCUCUCACUGCAGACCAAUCAGAGACACCUACGAGGUCUGCUGAGACAGACAGGAAGUAGCUCACAGACCAAUCAGGAAACAGUCCAGUACAUCAAGAAGAAGAUCAACCAGGAUCUGUCUGCAGAGAGAAGCAUCAAUCUGUUCCACUGUCUGAAUGAACUGAAUGAUCGUUCUCUAGUGGAGGAGAUCCAACAGUCCCUGAGUUCAGGACGUCUCUCCACAGAUAAACUGUCUCCUGCUCAGUGGUCAGCUCUGGUCUUCAUCUUACUGUCAUCAGAAGAAGAUCUGGACGUGUUUGACCUGAAGAAAUACUCUGCUUCUGAGGAGGCUCUUCUGAGGCUGCUGCCAGUGGUCAAAGCCUCCAACAAAGCUCUGCUGGAUGACUGUAACCUCUCAGAGAGAAGCUGUGAAGCUCUGUCCUCAGUUCUCAGCUCUCCAUCCUCUCUGAGAGAGCUGGACAUGAGUAACAAUGACUUGCAGGAUUCAGGGAUGAAGCUUCUUUCCAUUGGACUGCAGAGUCCACACUGUGAACUGGAAACUCUCAGGCUGUCAGGCUGUCUGAUCUCAGAGGAAGGCUGUGUUGAUCUGGCCUCAGCUCUGAGCUCCAACCCCUCCCAUCUGAGAGAGCUGGACCUAAGCUACAAUCAUCCAGGAGACUCAGGAAUGAAGCUUCUUUCUGCGGGACUAAAUGGUCCAGACUGGAGACUGGACACUGUCAGGGUGGAUUACUGCAGUAGGAAGAGGCUGGAACGUGGUCUGAGCAAAUAUUUCUGUGAACUCACCCUGGACACAAACACAUUAAACAGACACCUCAAACUGUCCGACAACAACAGGAGGGUGACAUGGUCACUGAAGUGUCAACCAUAUCCUGAUCACUCAGACAGGUUUGACUACUGCUGGCAGCUGCUGUGUACAGAUGGUCUGACUGGUCGAUGUUACUGGGAGGUGGAGUGGAGAGGAAAGAUCGUUAUUGCAGUGACUUACCGAGGAAUCAGUAGAAGAGGACAGGAUGGUGUCUGCAGGCUGGGAUGGAACAAUCAGUCCUGGAGUCUGUACUGCUCCAAUAAACGUUACUGUGUUUGUCACGAUAACAAAGUCACAGCCAUCUCCCACCGCCCCUCCUCUCGCACAGUAGCAGUGUAUGUGGACUGUCCUGCUGGCAUCCUGUCCUUCUACAGAGUCUCCUCUGACUCACUGAUCCACCUCCACACCUUCACCACCACCUUCACUGAGCCUCUGUACCCUGGCUUUGGGUUCGGGGUUAGUAUUAAAUCCAGCUCCUCAGUGUUUCUGUGUGAGCCAUAGGAUGGAUUCUCCUGCAGAAAGAAAGAAACACACCAGUGACGGAGAGGACCGACUGAAAUUGCUCAUCUUGUAUAAUAUCACACACGGAUGUGCAUUAAAAAACGUUUUAACAUCAGCACAAUCAAAUUUUGUAUAUUGGAGGAAGUGAAAUUAUUUCCUGAGAGCUGAACUCACUGUGGUGACUCUAUGUUUGUAGUAAGACACAUUUUGGGGCAGCAGUAGCUCAGUCAAUAGGGAGCUGGGUUUGGAACCAGAAGGUCACCAGCUCAAGUCCCCGUCCAGAUAAAAUCCUUAUUUAACGAUCAUCUGCAGGGUUGCCAACUCUUCACACAUCUGGCGUGACUGUCACUCUUUCACCAUCAAUGUCACUCUCUCACGCCCGUUUAAGAAAUCUCACGUCGGAUGUCCACUGGAUCCGUCACAUGCAUGAUUCGGCCACUGCACGGACUUGCUCCAUCCUGUGCCAGGCGUCAAUGUCCACUUAGAACUAUAGCGGCGCGCACCCAAGCGACUGGAAUUGGCAGAUCGCGAAGAUCACAAUGUCACGUGAUAAUCUGCGGAAAUCUCCUCUGAGCCCCUCUUCAUGUUUGACUUCAGCUGGGGCCACCCACUUUCAUGUCAUGUUGAUGUAGCGAUGUGUUCUUCCAGGAGCUUGCUGUUCACUUCCUGUAUGAAUGUAGAGCAGAAACCAUGAUGUUUUUUUCCAAACCUUACCAUGUGCUUUCAUUGCAAGGUGUCAUUGACAUGUCGUCCCAGAACAUUAACAGGCGCAGGAGGAUAUGAAGAUGAAAUGUGUAAUGUGCAAUUGUGAAAGUCCGCUGACAAAGCGGUGAUAUUUCGCCAGAAUGAGAACAGGCUGUCCGUAUUUGACGUUCUUGGAGGCGUCUCAGCUGACGCUUGUUAUAUGCGUCCUGUCUUUUCAAUAUAAACUUCUGUUUUCACAGGAAAUGUUCAGUUUCUGCUUGGUAGAUAGUCUUUUUCAAAAUAAAAUUACAACAUGGGUAAAACA